AAAUAGAUGUAAUAUGUAACAUGACUUUAUUCUUAAUUAUCAAGUGAAAAAAUUUUUGUUUUGUAAUUGUAUAUAUCUUUAUUCUGAAAGAAAUGAGCUACUCUUAAAACUGGUAUUCAUAAUUUCGUGUGACACAUAAAUGAUCAAAUUGCUAAUUUCAAUAAAUGUUCUGCAUUAGUAGCAGUGAUAAAAUAACGUAACGAUAGUAAUUGUCAAGUGUAGAGUGACAGGCUGUUCUCAUCUCCAGUCUUCAUAUAUUAUAAAUGCAGAUUUUGUAUUUUCUUUUUUCAGCUAUCAAAUUGAAAUUGUAAUAAUUAUAUUGAAUAUUUAAAUAAUAUAAUAUAUACUAUGUCCGACAACGAAGAUGAUUUCAUGUGUGACGAUGAAGAAGAUUACGGCUUGGAAUAUUCUGAAGAUAGCAACUCCGAACCAGAUGUUGAUCUUGAAAACCAGUACUAUAAUAGUAAAGCAUUGAAAGAAGAUGAACCCUCUGCAGCACUAGCUUCCUUUCAAAAAGUCUUAGAUCUUGAAAGUGGAGAAAAGGGAGAAUGGGGUUUCAAAGCUUUGAAACAAAUGAUUAAAAUAAAUUUCAAACUAGGCAACUUUGAAGAAAUGAUGACUAGAUAUAAACAACUGCUUACAUACAUUAAAAGUGCUGUAACAAGAAAUCACAGUGAAAAAUCUAUCAACUCUAUUUUAGAUUAUAUAUCAACUUCACGAAAUAUGGAAUUGCUACAAAAUUUCUAUGAAACCACAUUAGAAGCUUUAAAAGAUGCUAAAAAUGACAGAUUAUGGUUUAAAACAAAUACUAAAUUGGGAAAAUUGUACUACGAUCGUGGCGAUUUUAAUAAAUUGGCUAAAAUUUUGAAACAGUUGCACCAAUCUUGUCAAACUGAUGAUGGGGAGGAUGACCUUAAAAAAGGCACACAAUUGCUUGAAAUAUAUGCUUUGGAAAUCCAGAUGUAUACAGCACAAAAAAAUAAUAAGAAACUCAAAACUUUGUAUGAACAAUCUUUGCAUAUUAAAUCUGCUAUUCCACAUCCUUUAAUUAUGGGAGUUAUCAGGGAAUGUGGUGGUAAAAUGCAUCUUCGAGAAGGAGAAUUCGAAAAGGCCCACACUGAUUUCUUUGAAGCAUUCAAAAAUUAUGAUGAAUCUGGAAGCCCCAGACGCACUACAUGCUUAAAAUACUUAGUUCUUGCAAAUAUGUUGAUGAAGUCUGGCAUAAAUCCCUUUGAUUCUCAGGAAGCAAAACCGUACAAAAAUGAUCCUGAAAUAUUAGCAAUGACCAAUUUAGUGAAUGCGUACCAAAAUAAUGAUAUUAAUGAAUUUGAGUACAUUCUGAAACAGAAUAGGCAAAAUAUUAUGGAUGAUCCAUUUAUUAGAGAGCAUAUUGAAGAUUUGCUUCGCAAUAUAAGAACUCAAGUACUGAUAAAGUUGAUAAAACCAUAUACUCGUAUACAGAUUCCCUUUAUUUCUACAGAAUUGAAUAUUGAUGUUUUGGAAGUAGAGAGUUUAUUGGUUUCAUGUAUAUUAGAUAAUACAAUCCAAGGUCGUAUAGAUCAAGUAAAUCAAGUGUUAUUCUUAGAAAGAGCGACAAUAAAUCAAGCAAGAUAUAGCGCUUUGGACAGAUGGGCUAACCAGUUGAAUACUCUUCACUCUUCCAUCAUCAAUAAAAUGGCAUAAUCAGAUUUUCGAAAAAAUAUUGAAGUGAUAGCGCUAAAUAAGCGCCUUUUUGAGUAACUAUGAAUUUUAAUUUUCUUCUAAUAAAUCAUAAAUGUAUUAGUUUGAACAGUUUUUCAAUAAAAAAUAAACUGAU